AUGGCAGAAGCUGCAGUGGAAAUGAAGAAAUUAUCAUUGAUGGAUAUGCCAGACUGGACUAAGCUCCCUGAAGAGCUGCUUCAAGUUAUCUCCGAGAAUCUGAACAACUGUUUCGACGUUGUUCAUGCUCGCUCUGUUUGCAGCUCGUGGCGAUCCGCAAUCCCCUUUCCCUGUAGCCUGUUAAGCGCAAGCUACUCUCUUCCCACGUUCAAAAAGCCCUCUCUUGAAAACGAAGGCUUGUUCACCCUCAAGAAGAUCCCUUUGUUCCUCUUUAGAGUCCUUACUCUUGAUGCUGCUGCGUCGGCUUCUGUGUUUUUCAUGGGAGGAAUAGACCGUAGAGAUGAGUCAGAGGAUCAGACAGAGCUUCCACCUCCUAUUCAGUGUUCAGUGAAAGUGAAGAUUGGAAAAUCUGAGCCAACCUUGGUGAACAUGCUCGAAUGUCAGAUUCUCUCUCUGGGCUAUGAGUACAGAAUGAUCGGCUGGAAACCUAAAGACUGCAGAGGCGUGGCUUUUCUUCCGCUAAACAAGGAAGGUGGAGGAGAAUUCGUUGUGCUUCUCAACUGCUCUAGAAUUUUGUUUGUAUUAACAAGUGCUGAAAUGAGGUGGAAGCGUCUUGAGAAGGCCCCAAUGGAAUCAUGCUGGGAUUUGUUUGUAUCUACAAGUGCUGAAAUGAGGUGGGAGCAGCUGAUGAACGUCCCAGAUAAGUCAUGGUGGGAUUUAGUCACUUUUAGAGGCAAAUUUUAUGCAUCCUUCUCAAGGGAAAUUGUGGUUGUGGAUCCUUAUUCCUUGGACGUGAGUCACACGACUCUCUUGGUUCCGUCUCAGCCUCUGGAGAGAAAAAACUAUCUGGUUCCUUAUGGCAAUGAUGAACUUUUCCUGGUUGAACUAUGUAACCCUAUUUCUGGUCAGUUCGCAUUUAGAGUGAGUAGGCUAGAUGAGGAGGCUGGUAAAUGGGUUGAGGCCACCGAUUUAGGAGACUGUGUGUUGUUUAUUAGUCGACGACAUUUGCGAAAUGUCUGCUGCUCGGCUAAAGAGCUUCCUCAUGGUUGUGGUGUGAGUGGGGACUCAAUUGUGUUCACCAAUGUUGGCAGUAAAACAUACCCCUUUAUAUAUGGAGUAGAUGCCCCUUUCAAUCGUUUGAGACCCUCUACACAGAAACCUGUGAAGAUCCUCAGCACAUCUCCGGUGGUGGCUCUCCGGGUUGAGCGCUAA